AUGGUGCCGUUAAGUUGUUCAUUGUCAACUGUCUCUGCUUCUUUUCCCUUUCGAUUCAAACGUCUCCUUUUUCUUCGGCUCUCUGCGAGGUAUCGAAGGCUUGCCAUGCGCGCGGUGCGGGCCUUGACGGGAGGCCAGCAGGCGGUGAACGAACUGGAGGUCUUUCUCCGAGCAGUGGCUGACACACAGCGCCGGUGGGCCAAACGAAUUGCCGCGCAGGAAGCGAAGGUACGGCGCUGCAUGAUGGUCGAGGACCACUGCAGGAAAAGGCUCCGCAGAAGCGUCCUCCGCUUCACUAACGAGCGUCUCAAGCGCCUGGUCAGCACAGAUCCUCUGGGGCACGUGGAGCCGAAGCUCCCCCCAGCCUCCGCAUUUGGGGCGUUCGACAUACCCCCUCAUUGCGUCAAUGGCUUCGGGGUGUUCGUGAUGGCCAAGCUUCACGAAUUCCCAUCGUGUGUGCUCGACGCCCCGCGUGUGGGUGCCAUCGCCGACCUCCUCGCUGCUUGGGAAAUACUCCCGCCCUUCAAGAAGGAGCGGUACGAAGCAUACGCUGAAAGCGUGAGGGAUGUGACCACAGCAACCGGAACGGCUAGCAGCUCCGGCAGCUCAACCAAUUGUGAGCAGCGCACGGCAGGAGUUGAGGGCGAUGCCGGCACACCAACGAACGAGAACGAGGCCGCUGCUUAUGGGCGAUUUGUGCGUUGCGGAAGGCGGCAACUGGAGGCGGUGCUGGGUCCCGUGAGUAGCGCAGCGUGGUUGGGGAUUGCGACAAGGGAAUGGGAAAGCUUGACCUUACGGCAAAAGCGUUGCUACUUAUCAAAGCGGACGAAGUGA